AUGUCUCGCUCUGUUUCUUUCAUCAUCUUUGCUAUCCUUGCAUUCGUUGCUUUGGUUUACGCAGCUCCCAUUGACAGCAAAUAUUCAUCCGAAUUAGAAAAGAGAGGCAGUGGAAUGAGUGGUACUUUUAAAGGUACUGGUACUUGGUUCUUACCUGCUACUGAAGGUGGAUCUCAAGGCGCCUGUGGACCCGAAGAAAACAAUAAUUCCAUGAUCGUUGCCAUGAACCGUCCUCAAUAUGGAAGCACGAGCAAGAAAUCCAAGUGGUGUGGAAAGAGACUCAAGAUCAAGGGCCCCAAAGGAACUGCUUAUGCCAAGGUCAAUGAUGCUUGUCCUGAAUGUAAGAAGGGUGAUCUCGACCUUACUCCUAUAGUAUUCAAGAAGGUCAUUGGUGAUAUGAACAAAGGUGUAGGCAAGAUUACUUGGUCAUUAGCCUAA